AUGAGGCCAUCUGCGAACCUCGCUCUGGCAGAGCUGUACCCACCCUCGGCUUAUACCGGCUUUGAGGACUUGCAGAAAGUGGUCAAGUCCAAGAUCGAUAGACUACACAAAGGCGGAGAAGACCAAUAUAUCUCGCUGAAGCAUGUACCGCAGAAAGAUUUUGACUCGAUCGAUAUCAAACGCGACCAGCUCGGGGCCAAAGUCCUUUUUACAUACUUCCCUGACAUCGAGACCCUCAUCAUCAAAGUUCCCACCCGCCAGCAUGAAAGAGCCCACAGGCUCCUCGACCAGCUUGUAGCCAGCAAACUUACCAGCAUGAAUGUGGGCUUCCUCGAGUUCAUGCCCGAUGGUUCUGCAACGUACACCGGACCUACCCAGUCGCAAAAAGAGGGCGACUCUGUGAGAACCAAUUCUCAACUCCGACCUCAGGUCGGGUGGCCCUACUUUGUGAUUGAGGCUGGUGUCUCCGAGUCAAUGCCCAGAUUGAGGGCUGAUGCAGCGUGGUGGUUCUCGAACUCGAACGGGGACGUUAGACUCGUGCUGCUGAUCAAGGUGGACACACAGUGCCGUGUGGUCACUAUCGAGAAGUAUGAUCGACUUCAAGCUCAGCUGACGGCAAAUCUCUCACCCUGGAAACCACGUCGACUCCGAACGAUCGUCCUUAACCAAGGGGUUACCCCGGCCAUAUGCGAUGUCAAAGCGCCCCCCGACCGUGCAACCGGACCACCUCUCACCCUCGAGUUCGACCUGCUCAUGGGUCGCGCAGCGAACCCUCCGUUGGAGAAGAACGUUCAAUUCACCGCCGCAGAACUCCUCAACUGGUCAGCAAUCGUCUUCCAGUAG